AUGGAUUCAUCCGCUGAGCCAACUCCCCUCACUCUGCCGGACCUAGCGGAGGAUUCUCGACAUGCCUAUUUUAUGCAGCAGGCGCUGUUGAUGGGCGAGAAGGCACUUGAGUGCGGAGAGACCCCCGUCGGCUGUGUUCUGGUCUACAACGACCAAAUAGUGGGGUAUGGAAUGAAUGACACCAAUCGGUCAAUGAAUGGAACCCGGCAUGCGGAAUUCCUUGCCAUCGCCGAGGUGCUUCAGACAUACCCGAAGUCAAUCCUUCAAUCUACGGAUCUUUACGUGACCGUCGAGCCAUGCGUUAUGUGUGCCUCGGCCCUCAAACAGUAUCGAAUUCGUAGUGUUUAUUAUGGGUGUGCGAACGAGCGGUUUGGAGGCACUGGUGGUGUUCUGUCACUUCAUUCAGAGUCAGUGAAUAAUCAUUGGCAUUUCCAAGCUUCGGAUUUCAAGCUAAUUUAUGACAGCCCCUCUAUCGACCCCACCUAUCCAGUGUAUGGUGGACUGUUUCGCCAGGAGGCCGUUAUGCUACUUCGUCGGUUCUAUAUUCAAGAGAAUGAAAAAGCGCCAAAUCCUCGGCCAAAGAAGAACCGUGAACUAAAUACCACGUUUGAAGGUGCAGGGGACGAAGCACUGGCGCUCUGGUAA